AUGAUGUCAGAUACUGCUAAAGAAAGAGUAAUUGAUGCAUUGAAGAAAAGGAGAAGUGUGUCUUCUCUAAAUUGUCAUGAAUCCCGGUGGAAAGAACUUCACAGUCAUACCAAAGGCUCUAUGAUCUCCGUGUCUUACAUGGAUGAACCUAACCAGAGUGAUGAAGCCCCUCACCUUCCAGUUCGGAUGGAAAACACCUAUCAGCUGGGUCCCACCAAACAUUUUCCUGUGAUCACCGUUAAUCGUAUUUUGAAAGAUGUGCUGACUUACCAUCUACAAGAAGAACAAUAUGAACCAGAGUUCUGUAGACAGAUGACUAAAACAAUUUCUGAGGUAAUUAAAGCCCAGGUCAAGGACUUGGUGAUCCCACGGUAUAAGCUGAUUGUGAUCGUUCACAUAGGACAACUGAGUGGUCAGAGCAUACUCAUUGGUAGCAGAUGUCUCUGGGAUCUUAAAAGUGACAAUAUUUCAUCUUAUAUUUUCAGAAAUUCUUCUCUCUUUGCGCUUGCAAAUGUCUAUGCAGUUUAUUUUGAAUGA